AUGGGAUUGAAAUCCUUUUUCAGCUUGAAACGAAGCUUCAAGAUUUCUACACUACCAAUUCCUGUUGCUGAAAGUUCCAAUGAUGUUGACUCUUUCGAGAUUUCAAUCGAGAAAGAUGGCCAUGCUUCUUUAAGAAGUUUCAUGAGAAAAUCCACCAUCAAAUUCAACACUUUGAAGAAUCCUUUUAAAGGUAAGAAACAGGUUAAAGAUCCAUUAGAGUCAAGCCCACCACUCUCAAGCCCAACCAUCUCCUGCCCACCACUCUCAAGCUCACUAAUUUCAAGUCCACCAAUCUCAACACCACUUAACUCACCAAACACACCAAAUUUUGAAGUUGAAGAUGAAGGUGAAGUUGAAGACGAACGUGGUGAUGGUGCAGAUGAACAUGUCCUGGGUGAUGGUGCAAAUGGAGAUGACCAUGACAAUGGUGUAGAUGGAGAUAACCAUGGAGAUGGUGCAGAUGACCAUGGAGAUGGUGAAGGUGGUGAAGAACAGGGUGAAGGUGGUGAUGAGCAGGGUGAUGACGAAGAUGGUCAUGAUGAAAAUAAUAACGAUGGAAAUGAAUUUUUAGGGGGUUGCCCAUAA